UUUAUCCUCUUUCUUCCUUUGAGGAAGCGAAAGAAAUGGACAGACUGUAUCAGAGUCGGGUGAUUUGUUGAUCGUCGCCAUUUCAGUAUGUCAAAUUUCAGUAAAACAGCAGCCGCUUGGCAAUGAAAUCGCAUGUUCUGAAACUCCACAACCAGUUUUAUUGAGAAGUUCGAGUGCCGAUUUAUGUUUAAGUCUCACCAACCUCAUCAAGGAUACAUGGACCAGCCCAGCUGCUCUGUGCCUACUCUGGUUGAUGAUGACUGUCUGGAGUCCUGGCAGUUGAUUGGCAGUGGUGGAUUUGGACAGAUCCAUAAGGCAAAACAUAAAAAAUGGAGGAUGGAGGUUGCCAUAAAGUUCCUACAUUGUAAUGAUGGCUCUGACUUGAGUCUCCUCAAAGAGGCGGACUUGAUGUAUCAGGGUGGGAACCCCAACGUGUUGAGAAUUCUGGGUGUUUACAAAGGACAAACUCGAGGAGACAGGUCUGCCAUUCAGAUGGGUUUAGUCAUGGAAUACAUGGAGAGAGGAUCUCUGGCGGAUCUCCAGCUGGCUUUGAAUGGACCCCCGCCCUGGCCGCUUGCCUUUCGCAUUAUUAACCAGAUUGCCCUGGGAAUGAACUUCCUCCACCAGUUGAAUCCACCUAUUCUGCACCUGGACCUCAAACCCAACAAUGUGCUCCUGGAUGACAGUCUCAAUGCCAAGCUCACAGAUUUUGGUCUGGCCAAAAUAGUUAAAAGUACUUCCAAAAUGAUUGGAGAGAAAGAUGAGGAGGCAGGUGGGACCACCAGCUACAUGCCCCCAGAAGCGUUUCAUUCCUCUCAAUAUGUCCCUACCUUUUCCUCUGAUAUUUACAGUUACAGCAUACUGUUGUGGUCAGUUAUCACUGGAAAGCAGCCAUAUUCCACAGUUAACAUCUCCAGUUUGGUACGGUUUCGUGUCCGUGAAGGUGACAGGCCUGAUCUGACAUCUCUAGAUCGGAGCAAGACAGAUGGACUCGGUGAUGUAAUUGAUCUGAUGAUACGCUGUUGGGAUUCCAAUCCCCCAAAAAGACCCUCAUUCAUUGAUUGUAUUGAGGUCACAGACAAUGUGUACGAGUUGCAUAAACAACAUGUGCCUGAUGCUGUCAACAUAAGUCUGAAACAACUGAACAAUAAAGACAAAAACAGUUCCAGUUUUUCAUCACCCUAUACCAACACUCAAACAAAGAAUGUAGGACUGAAAGAACCCACCAAUCCUACUGUGAAGACUCAGGCAACUCCUACACAGAAAAUGGGUCCUAUCCCUACAGCCACCGGAGCAGCAUUACCAGGAAUGCAUUGCAAUCCAGCUGCAAGAGCUCCACCCACCAAUUUUAAGCCCCAAAAUAUGCAGCGGCAAUACUCAAGUCCAAGCACUGUGAGCAUCUGCCUAUCCAAUGUCACAGGAGUACAGAUUGGCAACAACAACUACAUGAAUGUGAAUAUUCAAAGAACAAGACAACGUCAGAGACACCCAACAGCACCCUCAACCACACAUCAACCUUUCAACCGUCAGCAGAAUCCCCCCAAUAUCAAACCCUGAGAUCAUCUGUUGGGUCUUUGGUGCAGAAGGCAAUAGCAGUUGUUCUCAAAUAGUUAUAGAGCCAAAUUCUACAGUAUUUUCUACUUUCGACCUAUUGCUUGUUCUUUAACUCAGUUUCUUUUUACUCAGAAUCCUUUGGUCUGUGUGGUUUCAAAAAAAAAAAAAAAAAGCAUAUUGCAAAAGGUUAAGUAGGUGGAUGCUCCAUGCUCUGUUCUCCAUUAUAUUUUUAUGUACCGGUAUGUACAUCCAGGAUAUGUUCCUGCCUAGUACUUUGCCUUGGGAUAGGUUCUAGAUCCACUGCAACCCUAACUAAACUGUUUGAUUGUACUAUGAUAUUGCUGUGAUGGUACUAUGAAAAUUGUUGCUUUUUUAAUUUUCAGAGAUUCACAAUUUCGAAUAUAGAUAUUUAGGCACUGCUUAAAAUCAGAGCUCCCGAUGAGUGUAUGAGCAAAAUAUUUGCAAAGGCACAAAAUCAACCUGAAUAGAAUAAUAAUAUUAUAGCAUAUGAACCAUCAAAUUGUGUAGUGUAGUGUAUUUCACAUCAAUAAAUUGCUGCAUUGUCUUGUGACAGUGAUACCAAUAAUGAGAUACACAUUGCAGUUACGAAUACAUAUUUAUUCCUUUCUUUGACACUGCAUGCCAUGCACCAGAAACAACACCACGACAUUUAUUAUGGUGUGACUCUGCUGGGUGCCUGGUGGACAGCAGUGAACUAGCACUUUCACUUUAGAUCAUUACUAUAGAGUUACGAUUGAAUGUUAUCAGACAUAAGAACUAAUCGAUAUCAAUCUGUGGGGGUUUUAGAUUAUCUGAAACUAAGGAAAGAUGCUGUUAAUUGCUAUUGAACUAUACAAUAAUUGUGUUUACACGAAUCUGCAGGGUAAGAAAUCACUCAGGUAAAAAAGCAGACAAUGCAAAGAUACGUUGCCUGCUGUGAAAAAAACAGUAAGAUAAAAACCUUCGAGAAAAGAAAAAGCCUACUGGAAAACAUCCUCCCCGACCAAAGAGCUCAGAGGAUGAGCUGCAAUCUUGAUGUUUUAAACCUGAGCUGUCAAACAGUUGUCUGGUUACAGCUGUCAAUUUUCCAACAAGCUAGUGGACUAAUAAAACUGUUUUUAACUAGUUUUCUAUGAAAGUGUCGUGAAUAUUUUCCAUAAAAUGUGUUAGUAAAUAAUUGUAUGUUAUUUUUUAAAAAGCAAAUUAAAACUAAGUGCUGGAUAAAAGCCUGUCUAGCUUAUGUAAAUAAAGAUACAAAUUUUGCCAGUAUCCCCAUGUUUAUGCUUUUUGGGAGAUAAAACAGAAAUUCUGAAUGUGACAAAAAGUGUAUAUUCAGUUUUGAUGGUUGGCAUGGUCUCAGCUGCCAGAAUUAUAUUGAGAUAUUGGAAAUCACCCACAUGCCCAACACUUCGUGAGUGGAGGGUACUGAUGAGUGAAACCAUAUCAUACGAGGUGAUGUUGGCUAGGACAAAGGGGAAAGGACCUGUGGCAUUGGGAACCUGGGAUUACUUCACGGUUCAUCUGACCUCCAACUAGAAACCUUAUCGUCAGAAAAAACAAGUUGUGACAAACUGACUUGGUGCAUGUUUUUGUUUGUUUUUGCCCCCCCCCAUUUUUGAGUCACUUAAGUACCAAAUUUCCUCUACAUUUAUCCUGUACUUUUUUUUCCUCCAGGAUCACUUGUUUCUUUCCUGAUAUGCCAUUUCACUGUCUGACUUUUUGUUAGUAUCACAUGAGAUAUCAUGUAUUUUGAAUUCUGAAAAUAAAAAUUUAAAUUACAAAAAA